AUGGUCUACUCGCCGGAGAAGAUUGUGGGGUUCUUCCUCGGAAGUGGCCUUCAUGCGCUCGGCAUGGCGCUGUUGUUCACGGAGUGGGAGCACUCCAAGAAGAAGGUAGCCGCACCAAGCGGGUGGGUACUCGCCAUGUCGCGGCUGUCUCUAGGCGUGAACCUGACGAACAUUUUCGCCCUUCACUACUUGCGUGGGCGGCUUCUCCUCAUGCCGAUAGAAUUCCAUCACAUUCACGUUAUGGGCUACCUGCUCUGGGCCUGGUUGACUGCCGGAGCUGUCUCCGCCAUUGUGCACUGCUGCGUCAUGCCGUGA